AUGGGCGGCUUUCUCGACCUUGUCUCUCCUCGCUCCGCUCAAGAAGCCCAGACGCACCCCACUGGCUCCUUUACAAAGAGGACGUCAGGCGGCAAGAAGAACCGGAGGCAGAGGAGAAGAAAGUCCGCAAGCAAGAAGCGCUCGUCGACGACUUGCCAACCCAAGAGCAGCAAUUCUACUACCACUGAUGGCGGGGGCGACACCAGCGGCAACAAGAACAGCACCACUACCAGCGGCAACUCGACGACGGUGCCAUCAGCGGGCACUGGGUCCAAGAACACCACUGCGCCCAUCAGCAGCGGCAGCGACAAGAAUGCCACGACGUCCUCCAGCAACUCGACGUCGGCCAAGUCCGAACAGGGCCAGAUCCUGGGCGGCUACUGGCCAAACUGGACGGCGUCCAAGGUGCCCCCAGAGUCCAUCGACUGGGACCACUUUGACUACAUGAACUACGCCUUUGCGAUCCCCAAGUCGGAUUCGACCGUCUCGUUUGACGGCGACAAGACGCUCCUGACACGGCUGGUCAAGUCGGCUCACGGUGCAAAGAGCCCCUCGAAAGUCGUGCUGAGCGUCGGUGGUUGGGGCAACAGUGCGGGCUUCAGCGGUGCAGUGGCCAGCGAUUCGUCGAGGAAGAAGUUCGUCCAGACGUUUGUCGAUCUGCAGAAACAGUACAAUCUCGACGGUUUUGACUUUGACUGGGAGUACCCCAACAAUGUCCAGAAUGGGCGAAGGGCCAGCUCGGACGGGCAGGACACGACCAAUUUCCAGACAUUCUUGCAGCAGCUCCGUGCCGCGCUGCCAGCGGGUCAGAUGAUCACGGCCGCCGUGCCUCAGACUGUUUGGCUCGGUUCCAACGGACAGCCUGUGGGCAGCGUUGCGCGGGCAGGUGACGCGCUGGACUACAUCGUCAUCAUGAACUACGAUGUCAACGGUGCUUCAUCAACCCCUGGCCCCAACGCGCCGCUGGCCAACCUGUGCGGCAACAGCUCGCAGCCUACCGCCAGCGCUGCGGCUGGUGUCAAGCAGUGGACCGCAGCCGGCAUGCCUCGGAAGAAGAUCCUGCUGGGCGUGCCUGCAUACGGCUACGUUCAGAACAGCAGCAAGCUCAGGCUCAAGGGUCGCAGCCUCAAGAACAGCGAGGGCACGACGGCCAAUGGCCAGGUGAACUUCAACCUCCUCGUGGAGCAAGGUGCGCUCAAGAAGGGCAGCGAUGGGCUGUUUGACGGUGCCAAUGGAUGGACAAAGUACUGGGACGACUGCUCCGACACGCCGUACCUUGCCAAUGGCCAGCAGGUCGUCACGUACGAUGACACCUCGUCGAUGCGCGACAAGGCUGCCUUUUCGAAGCUGGCCGGCAUCGCAGGCGUCAACAUGUGGAGCAUCGAUGGUGACACAAAGGACGGAGACCUGCGCAAUGCCCUCCUGCAGGGCUUCCAGGUCAACUCUUGA